AAAAUUACCGGUGCAUGAUUGGUGAGUGAAGUCUCUCCGUCCUCCUCCUCACCCACCCCCACGCCGACCACCUCCCCUCCCCCUUCCCUUCCGGCAAACCCUAGCCUAGCCCCACCGCAUCGCCGCCAUGGAGGAGGACGCGGGCGAGGGCGAGGGCGAGGUCGAGAUCCGCGACUGGGCGGGGAUGCCGUCGGACGCGCUCUUCGCGGUGUUCGGGAAGCUGGACGUGGCCGACAUCCUGACGGGGGCCGGGCGGGCGUGCCGCGCCUGGCGCCGCCUCGCCGACGGCGACCCCGCGCUGUGGCGCCGCCUCGACAUGACCCACCACGGGGACAUCCUCGAGACCGAGGAGGCCGAGGCCAUGGCCCGCGCCGCCGUCGACCGCGCCGCCGGCACCCUCCAGUCCUUCUGCGCCGACACCUUCGUCACCGACGCCCUCCUCAGCUACAUCUCCGGCAGGGCACCCUCGCUGAAGAGCCUUCAACUCAGCUUGUGUGAUGAAGUAUCCAACGAGGCGCUGGCAGAGGCAGUCAAGGGCUUUCCUCAGCUUGAGGAGCUGGAGAUCACAUUCUGCUCACUGAACAGCAACGUGUGCGAGUUAGUCGGCAGAGCCUGCCCACAACUGAAAUCAUUUCGGCUGAACGAGCGCUGGACGAUCCUCCAAAGGGGGUUCGCGGCCUUUGAGGGCAUGGAUGAUGACACGGGAGCGCUCGGGAUCGCAAGCAGCAUGCCUGAGCUCCGAGACCUCCAGCUGAUUGGCAACAACCUGACCAACACCGGACUGGCCGCGAUCCUCGACCACUGCCCCCGCCUCGAGUCCCUCGACGUGCGCCGCUGCUGCAACCUCCAGAUGGACGACGCCCUGAGGUCCAAGUGCGCCAGGAUCGGGAACCUCAGGCUUCCUCGGGACCCCAUCUCCGACUUCAAGUACCGGGCUUACCUCACUAUCAGUGAUGACUACCCCGGCGGUUCCGACAUCGAGAUCGACAUGUACGAUGAUCUGCUGGACGUGGUCACCGACGACGAGGAUGCUGAUUUCGAUGACAUGGAUGAUUAUAUCGACGGCAUGGGCUCCGAUGCUGACAUGUAUGAUGACGUGUUCGAUGAUGUCUGAAGGAGCUGUGACCAGGACCGGGUUCUCACGUGGAAGGACGGGAACUUGGUGCCGAAACAAUGUGGUCUUUACCUGUGUUGAGAUUCUUGAAGCUGGGUUCACACACUUUAUUAUCGAAGGUCAAUUCUUGUAUGUUUGUGUCUCCCGUGUGUUAACUGGUCUACUCUCGCUGUGAGACUGGGUUCGCUUUAUAUCUGUGAUUGUAAUUUAUGCUGCACUUGUGAUUUGAUCACGCAAUAAAAUCCUGUAAAUUAAGUAUUGACACCAA